UUAGUAUAAUAGUUAGUUUGUGACUCAUAUGCACCUGCAUCUGCUUCACUCUAGCCUCCGAUUCAGCAUUUCCGUUCAGAAGCCAACACCAAAUUAGAGACAACAAUAACAUUAGCAGCGUUACCAUCAGAAUACGGUUUGAGUGGAAGUUCCAGUCAGUUGAACAAACAACAUUCCGGGAGUAACAUAAACAAAAGCUAAAGCUUAUUGUUACUUGGACCAUUGUCAUGGCAACCAUCGCAACAGACAAGUGAUAUGGAGCAAAUAAGCUCCCUGGUGAUUAUCAGUUGAGAAACCACCUUCGUGCGCGAAUCAGCAAAUGUUGCGAGUAUACAAUUAGCAGUCAUUCAGAUUUUUUUGAUUUGGGUUUUACCGCUAGAACGUGAACUUUCAUGGCUGUCAACAAGGAAUACUAAAAUCAUAAACAUAAUUCAUUUCGCCAGCAAGAUGGCAACUGAAGUUUGGGUAGUGCUACUUCUUUUCUGCGUGGUUUCCUUAUCCUUACCAUUGCUUGAAAAUACUGCAGCCUGCAAAGCCAUUGAUAACUGCGAUCCCUUCCAGCCAAUAUGUGCAACCUACGGAAACGAACAUCAAUUCUUUUACAGUCACUGUGAUAUGAUGCGUGAAAUUUGCCUUACUGGUAAAAAUUGGAAAUAUGAUUUCUUUAGCCAUUGCAAUGUCAGCAAGCUCUAGCAGGACCGGAUGUUCGCAAUCUGUUACUACUGAUAUACUAAUGAGCCAUCUCUUUCAAAAGACUGAUAUACAUACGUACUCUGACACCAGUUUGCGUUUGCCUUUUUCAGUGCU